AAAUAGUUCUGACCUGGGACUUUUACUUUUCUCGUCUCCGACUUUGCAGCAUUGUAUUGCUGAAUGUAUUCGGUAUUGAAAAAGAACUGCUGUUCUUUACGAUUGGUAACAAAGGCCUUCAUACAGUCACCAGCUGGUCCAGGCUCACCAUCGAUUCUUGACACAACAUCCUGGGCAACUCUCCAUGCAUUACGCUCCACUACUUCUGCCUCUAGCUCUUUCAUUUCUUCAACUGUGAGUGUUUUCAGUUCUUCUUCACUGAUGAGAUCAGUUGGAUGAAAGUAUUCCCAGUGUAAUGCUCUGCCAUCAACCAAAGCUUCACCUAUAGCAGUGUUAGAACGCUCCGCUUCAUUUUGUCCUGAAUCGUGUGGUGCCCUGUGAAUCCUGUUCACGUGAGUCCAGCUAUUAAUCCUUGACAUCUCAAUGUCUCUGUACUUAACCUCGAUGUUAGUGACCCCAACCCCUGGACCAGCAUCUGUUGCUUGCAAAAUAUGGUCACAGAGUGGUGGCAACUUGAGACUGUUGAUGAAUGCAAUCGCAGUAUCACAAAGGUUAACAGCCUUUUCUUGAUGUUCCCAGAUAGUAUUUGCACUUAAUGUUGAGCUGGUCUUAUCGAUGUCAUCAUUCACUUCCUGGAUGUCGUUGAUAAUGCCUAUGAGCUAAGUUCCACUGGCAACUUCAUGGUGGAUGAGUGUUUCUUUCUCUUCAUGGAAAAUACUGACUGCUUCAGACAGCUGGUUUUUCAACCACUUCAGCUUUUUCAUUUCAUAUUCUUUAAACUGACAAUUGAUGUCACUUGUUACACACAUGACGUCACUUCUGAGUGAGCAAUCUUUGAAAUAAAAUAAUAUAUCAUGAACACGAUGACAAAAUUUCCUCACAGGCAAUGAGAACUUUGGUGGUGAUAUUGGAGAUUGUUCAAAAACCUGAGGAACUUCCCAUUUAAUCUUAAGUUGAUCAGAGGCCCAUACACUUCCUGAGCUACCAACGUAGCUCUUAGGAAGCACAGUUACAAUUGUUUGAUCGUCUUCGUGAAUAAACUUUUGCUCUCCGUCAAUGGUUGCAACUUUGCCUCUUAGAAACCUAAAAGAAGAUGGUGUUUGAUGUACUUUUGCCUCUGUAAAAUCAUGUUGGGGAAGCGCUUUUUGUUUUGAAGGGUCGGACACAUCAUAUAUUACUCCCUUUUUGACAUUCCUGGCUCCCACAUCACUUCCAGGCCUGAUGUAUGCUUUGUCAUCAAAACUGAUCAUUAGACUUCUAGCCCUAUUCUCUUCUUUGAACAUGUCAAACUUACAAUUGCGAAUAUGUGCCCUUUGAUGAUGGGUUGCUAGACCUAGUUCAGUUUCAGUCUUAGGGGGCUUUUUGGAACAAAAUAGAGACUUCCCACAAUGUGCCUUUGCUGCCCUGGAAUUUAUAUUUUUUGGUCUACUUCUGUUAAGUACAGUAGUAGCCGAUUUGAUCAGCUUUUUACCACGCCUGUAUAAGUUAUAGUUAGCUAACGACAAAAAGUGGCACUUCUUAACGGGAUGAUGGCUGUAAAGUACAGUAUCAUGACGUCUACCAUGUGCUGUGCUUGUUUCUUCUAUAGAACGUGCUAUGAAUUCUUCAUCUUCAGUAUCCAACGACUUCUUUGCCCCUGCACCGAGUUUUCGUCUUUUCACUCUGUUCUCAUCGAUAAGUGUUUUAGCUAAUCUUUGCUUCCUUUGUUGCAGUCUUCUAAGACUCUGAGGGUCACUUUGUUGCAGGUCUUUCUGUAUGCCUUCUUUUCUGUCUUCAAGGCUUGACUUUUCUGCAAUGAGAUCUGCUUUUUUUCUUUCAGAAAUCAAGCUUUCUCUUCUGCUUAGGAUUUUGUCAAUAGCUGUUAUCUUUUCAUCAAUUACUUUUAAUUUCUCUCCAUCUCGUAGUUUUAGAAUGUCCUCUGCUGCUUCAUUAGCUCUUUCACAUUCAGUUGAUGCAGUCACAACUUUAUUGAGCAACUUAACAGCAUUGUCUGGCUUAAUGCCUAGUUCUUGAACCUUCUGAUUUCAGCCAUUAUGGCGAGUCAACUUUGUGAAGGUAGUGAAUGUGUGAGUUCAAAUGAUCAGUUGAUAUCUACUUUUUUGAAGUUUGCGGACUUGGCGAAGUUUGAGCAAUUAUUUAAAAGGUUCGGGGUGUACAAAUUUGACCAUUUAGCAGAUGUACAGGUUGAAGAUCUACACAAGUUUGGUAAUUUAAGCUCGUUUCGUAUUUCGUUUCGACACUGAUAAUAUUCUAAUUGGGAGAGCUUUACUUCUCAUUGCUCCACAACUGAAUUAUUUUUAGGUCUUACUGAUAUUGAGAUACGGCGAUUUACUCGAAAAAAGCAUGAAUUUGGAUUGAAGUAUUCAAAUGGCAGUACACUUUCUAACUUGCUUCAGCCCGAGAUCGACCCCGUUCAGCUUACCGAUCAUAUGGGACCUCUCAAACUGUAUCGACCACCUCCUGCAUGGAAAUCUGCAUCAAUGGGAUUCAUCCCUAAUGCAAAUACAACAAGAGCUUUGUUUAUGAAUUCUUUUCUUCCUGAAUUUUACAAGGCAAAGUACAAGCACUGUCAAAAUUGUAAAACAAUUUCAUGGGACAGGACGACAGCUUUACCAAUUGAAGCAACAAAUUGAUGGUAUUGAGAAACAAAUAGACUCUAUGAUGAAUAAAGAAAAUCCUGCCGCAGUAGGAGCUGUUUUUGACGGUGGUUAUAGCUUAGUUCCUAGUGAUAAUAUCAGAAUUACCACCAACAUUGGGAAAGGCACACAAAUAACUUCAAAACUGAGUUCUCUUCUUGAUGAAGUUAAAAUUAUGGACAACAAACUGUUCAGUUCUUCGGGGAAAUUGAAACAUGGAGAGGAAGCUACCCAUAAGUUAUUUGAACAACAGAUUGGCAAAAUCACCAUUCUCCAAACAAGAGUACAUGAUAUUAACAACAGCCUUACAGAAUUGAAAGAAAAAUGUUCCAGGCUCUUUAAGGUGCAGUAUUCCAAGCCAACAAGUAAAAAAAGGAUACAAAAACAAAAUAAAAGGAAAGCAAAGAAAGCUAGGGCAACAAGAAUGGAAGCUAACUGCAAAAGAGUUGUUGGAACCAUUGCACCUCAGCAAGAGUCGCAUGAUGUUACAGAGCCUAUUGGCCCAUUAUCUCUUCAUUAUGAAGGAACAAGUGGGCUCCUCAAAACACAAAGGCCAUAUAUCCAAUAUGCCUUUGAAAAGGGAUUGUUCACCAAAGAAUCACAGGACAUUAUCAAGCAAUAUCUACCCUUCAACUUAAAUGAAAAUCAUGAUGACGAUGAAAGUGAUUGUAUCAAUGCUGAUGAGAUAAAUGAUGAUGAUCAAGAUUCUCACAGCAGCAUUGAUGGUGAUGCUGAAGACAGUGAUGAAUAGGAUAGCCAGAACUCUACUAACAUUAUUAAUAACAACAUUAUUCAUAAUUUCAAUAAGACUUUAUAGCAUUGUUAUAAAUGAAAAGUACAUGUUUGUUAAAUUCUUGCUAUAGUACUUCACAGUUUAUAUCCAUAACGUUCCGUAAACCGUUGUAUUUUUCUCUUUCUUUUGCCAAAUAAAGAACUUCCUUUUUCUUCUGUGGGUGAACCUCUACAUGAUCACGGGCAUAUAUUUGCAUGACCCUCCCCCUUUUAACUGCCCAUUUUUCAUGACCCCUCCCUUUUCUGAGGCUCAAAAAGUUGUGACCCCCCCUCCCCCCCUGCUAAUUUCUGACAAGUCCCUUAGGUUUGAAGUGGGAAAACUUGUAUUAUUUUGAUAGGACUUUGCCGAUGGGAUUGACUUCGAGCUGUGCUAUAUUUGAAGCUGUAUCGACGGCACUUGAGUGGAUUUCUAUCCACCAUCUCGGAGCAAAGUCCGUUUUACACAUCCACAGAUUUUCUCUUCAUUGCGCCGACCAAAGACCAAUGCACACGCGACUUGUCGAAUUUUGUUUCUUUGUACGAAUAUAUUGGCGUUCCUCUCGCCCCCGAGAAAACAGUAGGUCCAGAUUCAGUUUUGCAGUUUGCAGGAAUAAUUUUAGACUCCGUUCGCAUGGAAGCGUGACUUCCAGGUGA